UUUUCUUCCUUGUAUUCCCCAAGUUAUUUACAAAUUCCCCUUGAGAAACAAAAGCACCUCCUCUAAAGUGGGCGUGGGCAGAGGAAUAUAAGGGAGUCGAUCCAUAACAUGAGCGAAUAUAUUCCUUUUUAACCUGAAAAGCAUUAACUUCUCUUCUCUUCUCUUCCCAAGCCUUUGUUUUCUCUUUCUUCCGCUUCUCCUCGUCUUCCGCUAUUCUCUGCACCCACCGACGAUCGGAAAUCAAAAAGAAGAAGAAGAAGAAAAUUCAGAAAACAUUUGUUGGCGAUCCAGAGAUCGGGGCCUGCGGAUCGCUGUUAACAAGUUGGGGGAUCUGAAUGGCACGAAUUAAUAACAAGUUUGCCACGCAGAACCUCAACGACAUCUUUGGAAAAAGGGAGCCCAAACCCCAAGCGUCUGCUGAUAGCGCCACCGCCGCCGGAGGCCGAACCAGAGGCGGCUCUGCCCAUGGCGGUGGCAGUGGCGGCAUGCUGGUGCUCCGCCCGCCCGUUAAACAGCCGCCCAUGCUGCUUAAAGACCUCAAAACCACCGCUACUUCAUCUACUUCUGGACUGAAAAGGGACGUCCCGCCGCCGCCCUCUCCUCCACCGCCGCCGCCGCCGCCACCACAGGCUGAAAAUCCUCCGGUAAGUUCGACGGGCCCUCCCAGUAGUUUUAACAGUAAUGACAAUAAUAACACAGCCGAGCUGCCCGCGCCAUCGCCGGCAGUGGAAAUUUCAAGUUCAACAACAACGAAUUUGACGGUUGCCGCAGUGGAAAUCUCGAAAGUGGAGGCGUCGGAUACUAUUUCUCUGAGGCCGAACCAGAAUCACCGGCCUGAAAUUUACAUUCCUCCAGCGGCUCGAAAUUUGGUGGCGCAAAACACCCUUGACAAAACCAGUGAAAUUUUACCUCCAAAGGGAACUCUAACCCCCCCUUCAGCAGACCCCGUUGUGAAUGAGCCUGUCCUAGAAAAGGCUCUCGAAACGGUCGAAGACGAACCUCCUGGCCCUCUCGCUACCCCUGCUUCUGCCGAGGUUGUGAAACCCUCGCGGCCGGAGCCCUUCCGGCCGCCUCAACUUAGAGGCGAUGCGGCCAGGAGAGUCGAGCCCUUGAGCGCCCCUUUGCCGCCCCUAGAUGAUUCCAAUUCGAAUUCAAACCCUGGCCGUGGCUGGGACAGGGACAAUCCCCGUCCAAACAAUUUUCAACAGAGGGGUAGAAGAGAUGAGGAAGGGAGAUAUUCUAGGGAUGUGCUGCAGCAUCAGCGGAGGUUUGAAAGGGACCGGCGAGGUGGUGGAACCGGUGGUGGAUACUAUAACAGAGAUGGGAAUUCUUAUCCAUCGACUUACGCAUACUCACGCUCUGCCCCUGAAGCAAGAAAUUAUGAUAUUGAGGUCAUUCGACCUGGUUCUGGAGGAAGCGAUCGGUACAAUAGUGGGAACAAUAGAGAUUUUGCAUACGGAGGCAGGCAGGCUUUGGAUAGGCAAAUAAUGAGCCCCCCAUCAUAUUCAUACUGGGGAGAGGGACAAGGACAGGGACAAGGACAUGCUAACUAUGAAUCGUAUGAACACAGGCAAGACUUUAACAGGCGCAAUUAUAACAAUAGCCAGUUCAAAUCUGGUGGGAUGAAUCAUCGAGAUUUUCAGAACAGAGAUGGCAACUACAUGAUUGGAAGAGAUGGUGGGGGGCAACAAAGGAGGGACCAAUCAUAUGGGAGAUUUGGUCAGGGCCAAUUCCGAGAUAAUUUUGCAGAGAAAGCACAUGCUAAUGGCAGAUUUUCUGCUCCACCAAGAGAGCAGCAAGAGGGGGGAAAUUUCAGGCAAUUUCCAAGGAUGCAGAGAGAUAACUAUGGUGGUGGUGGUGGAUAUCGAUACAAUGAUCCUGCUCGUUUUGGGGGUGAUGGUUACCAGAGGCCUAGAUCCGGGGGAUAUGAAGGUGUUUCACCAAGGCCUAGAUCAAGUGGCUAUGGCAGUAAUGCUGGUGCUGGAAGAUUGGUUGGCUCGUCAGACUCAGCAGUGAGCAGAGGAAACUUCUACAAUGGCCGGAGAUCUCCUAUUUCUCAGGAUAAAGUUGGGCAUAAGGACUUUGGACCUCAAGGAAGAUACCAAUAUGAUGGUUCCAUGUCUAAGGUGAAUGAGAUGCAGAGUGUAGAUGUUGGAUACCAAAGGCCUAGAUCUGGUGGCUAUGGAGGUCAUUCUGCUGGGAGGUCCAUGGCACCCUCAGACAUGAGCAGAUUUAGUAAUUUUAAUGGGCCAAGGUUACCAAUUUCUAGAGAGACGUUGGAUGAGGAUUUUUCAAGGGGAGCACCAGAUCAGUACCAUGCUGAGGGUACAUUUCCCACAGAAUGUGAGGUCCAGAGUUUAGACUUUGGUUCUAACAGGGAAUUAGAAAAUUCCAUGGAUCCAUUUAAUGAGUUUGAUUCAUACAGGACAAGACGAGAAAUUGAUAAGGCAGAGUCAGGUGUUGAUGAAGAGCAUCAAAACAUGGGUUGGGACAGCUCUAUGGAGUACAAUAUGCUUAAUUUGGAAUCCGUGGAGAAGGGUGGGGGAAAUGAAGAUAUGUUAGUAAAAUCUGAUCACAGGCUGGAUGUUGAACAAAAGUUUUAUGUGGAAGAUAAAAGGCACUACUAUGCAGAGGAAGAUAAGAAGAUAGAGAAUGCAAGGAAAGAAACUGUAAAGCAGGACCAGCAUGCCAAAGGAAUCUCUCUUCAACUGAGGCAGGAUGGAGGCCUUGAACAAGAAACGAGAGAAGAGAUUACUGAAGUAGCAAUAAACAGAGAACCAGUUUUGGAAUCUGUCAAUUCACAUCCCAUAAUUUAUGAGGCAAGUGGACAGCUAAAAGAAGAGCUUAACCCACCCAAUAUAGAUUUUGGUUUACAAGAACAAGAGAAGUUGGCUGAUAGGUUUGCAUCCAGUAGAAUCUCAGCUGGUCGUAAUCCCAGGCUGGUUCAACAUGAUUCUACUUCCAACACAAGGCCCCGAAACUAUCAUGGUGGUCGAGAUGCAGGUCCACAACCAAAUUCAUAUAGCUCAAGAUCCUCUGCUAUGUCAUGGAGGAGGGAGCCCAACGAGGUAAAAAAUGGGCCACCACAGAGGUUUUCUGGUCAGUAUGGGGAUUAUAAUUAUGGGCCACAAUCAAGGGAUUUGUCAAGCUCGGAAAGAUACCAGUUUCGACAUGGCUAGGAUAUGAUCCUUCAUCUGUAUCCAAUUUCACCCUCCAAAAUUAAUGGAUGUAUUUGAAAGACCUAAAAAAUUUCAUGGUGUCCAAAUCAAGAACAUGAUAAACCUGCAUAUCAGGAAACCUGUGAGGCAGGGGGGAAAGGAAAUAUUUGGAUGUGGACAAUUGUUUAUUUUCAGCUUCCGAGAGGAAUCCUUCAGGUUGGCCAUUGUAGAAGGAUUCUAAAUAAGUAAGAGGAAUCUAGGAAAGUAUUUUCAAUAAUAGUAUGAGAUACAUGGCUUGGGUAUGUUUCAUUGGCAUGUUAGCAUGCUUUAAUGUGGUCUUCUGCUGCGCAGGAUGGUUUGUAACUGGUACCCCAAUAGGAAGUGGUAGUUUUGGUAAUACUGGAUGUAAUGGUUUUCUGACUAAACACUUUAAAACACCAGAUUUAUGGUGUGAAGUAAUAUUUGACCUUAUAAGAAGGGUCCUCCGGAAAAUUUUAUCCUUCUUCUCUUGAACUUGCACAAGACUUUUGGAGUUUCCACUAUGGAGACAUCAUAUUUAUUUGCGGUGUAAUCUCCUAUGAAAAUAUGAGUGCAGUGUUUCUAUUUA